UAGAGAAAUAUCUAUAUACGGCAAGACAGAUUGUGUGGUGGGAAUAAGUAAACGGGACGGGCAUACUUACGUCUUUGACCGCAACUAGAACCAUCCAGAAACCACCAGUAUCUUCAACACACGGCUGUAAAAAUACCGACACUUUCGACCUCUUCCUCUGCUGCAAUUUCUCUGGAGCAGGAAUUUAAUGGCAGACGAAAUUAACAAGCCUCUGAAAAAAGUGUGUGUGACUGGAGCAGCGGGAUACAUCGGAUCAUGGUUAGUCAAAAAUCUGUUAGAAAGGGGCUACAUCGUCAACGCCACUCUUCGAGAUCCAGGGGAUGAGACAAAAUCUGGGCCUUUGUUGAAGCUGCCCGGAGCAGAAGAAAGGCUUAAGCUCUUUAAAGCUGAUUUGUGUUUAGAGGGCAGUUUUGAUUCUGCAGUGGAGGGUUGUCAUGGAGUUUUUCAUGUGGCAAGUCCCAUGGAUUUUACAAAACCUAAUCCGGAUGAUUUUAUUGUACCUGCUGUAAAUGGGGUACAUAAUGUUAUGAAAGCUUGCGUAAGAGCUGAAUCUGUUAGGCGUGUAAUUUUCACUUCAUCAGUUUCAGCUGCUUCUCCAAUGAAUGACAAGGGGGAAUUCACCCAGAUGUGCCUUGAUGAAAGGUGUUGGAGCCCCAUAAAUUUCCUUAAAUCUCAGACAAAUAAGGUAGCUUGGUAUAUGUUGGCUAAGACCUUAGCAGAACAAGAGGCCCUUAAAUAUGGCCUUAAUAAUAACAUUGAGGUGGUGACCAUCCUACCAAGUGUGGUGAUUGGGCCUUGGUUUACAACUACGUCUAAUCUUUCAUCUGCUCAAAUAAUAUUAGCCCUGAUUGGAGGAAAUGAUGGAUCUUAUGAAGGAUCUUAUGAAGUGCUCAAGUUCACGGAAUUCAUGGUGGGAUCUAUACCAAUUGUUCAUAUCGAUGAUACUUGUAAUGCCCACAUAUUCUUGAUGGAACAUACUGAAGCUCAAAAUCGUUAUGUUUGUGCAUCUGACUCAAUGAGUCUUAAGUGUCUCAAAGAUUUCAUUUUCAAACAUUAUCCACAAUGCAGGAACUCUAUCAAGUUGGAUGAGGAUGAUGCACUUCAUAUAUGUUUGCCAGUUUCAUCAAAAAAGUUGUUGGAUAUGGGCUUCUCUUAUAAGUAUCAAUUACGAGAGGCUCUUGAUGAGACUAUAGAAUGUUUUAUAAAGAAUGGACUGUUGGAGUUGUAAUCUAACAUGUGGAUUGCUUUAUCAAUAAGUUGUAAUUCAUAGUACUUGAUUAACAAAGUGUUAUAAAUGAAAACUAAUUUUUAUUGA